AGCUCACGGCCGCGAGCGCUUCCGGGAGGUUAUCGCGUCGGGUCUGCUUCCCUCGGCUUGCGGGAGCGCGGGCUCGGACGCCGGACCCUGGCGGGCUCGCCAUGGACCGCGACUUGCUGCGGCAGUCGCUGGGCUGUCACGGCCCGGCGCUGCUGUCGCUGCUGCGGAGCGAGCAGCAGGACAACCCGCACUUCCGGAGCCUGCUGGGCACGGCGGCCGAGCCAGCCCGCGGCGCGGCGCCGCCUCCGGGAGCCGGCAGGAAAGAGAAGAGAGUUGACAACAUUGAAAUACAAAAGUUCAUCUCUAAAAAAGCGGAUCUGCUUUUCGCCCUGUCUUGGAAAUCAGAUGCCUCUACACCCUCUGAAGUUCAUGACGACAAUGACAAUCAUUACGCGGUCAUGCCGCCGCUAGAGCAGUUCAUGGAGAUCCCAAGCCUGGACCGAAGAGAGCUGUUCUUCCGAGACAUUGAGCGUGGUGAUAUAGUGAUUGGAAGAAUUAGCUCUAUUCGGGAAUUUGGUUUUUUCAUGGUGUUGAUCUGUUUAGGAAGUGGCAUCAUGAGAGAUAUAUCUCACUUAGAAAUUACAGCCCUUUGUCCGUUAAGAGAUGUGCCUUCUCACAGUAACCAUGGCGAUCCUUUAUCGUAUUACCAAACUGGUGACAUAAUUCGAGCUGGAAUCAAGGAUAUUGACAGAUACCAUGAAAAGCUUGCAGUAUCUCUGUAUAGCUCAUCCCUUCCGCCACACCUGUCUGGCAUUAAACUAGGUGUGAUUACUUCUGAAGAGCUUCCUUUGUACUACAGGAGGAGUGUUGAACUAAAUAGUAAUUCUUUGGAGUCCUAUGAAAAUAUCAUGCAGAGUUCUCUGGGAUUUGUUAAUCCAGGAGUAGUUGAAUUCCUUCUAGAGAAACUAGGAAUAGAUGAAUCUCAUCCGCCAUCUUUAAUGAGAGGCCUACAAAGCAAAAAUUUCUCUGAAGAUGAUUUUGCUUCAGCAUUAAGAAAGAAGCAGUCAGCAUCGUGGGCUUUAAAAUGUGUGAAGAUUGGAGUCGAUUAUUUUAAGGUGGGGCGACAUGUGGAUGCUAUGAACGAAUACAAUAAAGCUCUGGAAAUAGACAAGCAAAAUGUGGAAGCUCUGGUAGCUCGUGGAGCACUAUACGCAACAAAAGGAAGUCUGAACAAAGCAAUAGAAGAUUUCGAGCUCGCUUUAGAAAACUGCCCAACUCACAGAAAUGCAAGGAAAUACCUCUGCCAGACACUUGUAGAAAGGGGCGGGCAGUUAGAAGAAGAAGAAAAGCUUUUAAAUGCUGAAAGUUACUAUAAAAAAGCUCUGGCUUUGGAUGAGACUUUUAAAGAUGCAGAGGAUGCUUUGCAGAAGCUUCAUAAAUAUAUGCAGAAAUCUUUGGAAUUAAGAGAAAAACAAGCUGAAAAGGAAGAAAAGCAGAAAACAAAGAAAAUAGAAACAAGUGCAGAAAAGUUGCGUAAGCUCUUAAAAGAGGAGAAAAGGCUAAAGAAGAAAAGAAGAAAAUCAUCAUCUUCCUCUUCAAGUGUUUCUUCUGCCGAUGAAUCCGUUUCUUCUUCCUCAUCUUCUUCCUCUUCUAGCCACAAACGACACAAGAAAAGUAGGAAGAAUCGUUCAGAGUCUUCUCGCAGUUCAAAGAGGCACUGGGCUAGGACAUCUUCAGGCCACGCAGAUCAAAGUAGGAAAGAUGAUUGCUACCCAGUUCCAACUAAUACCUCAGCCUCUUUCCUCAAUCACAAACAGGAAGUGGAGAGACUGCUGGAAAAGCAUGAUAGCUUACAGUGUCCAAAUGCACAGGUAAAAGAGAGAGAGAGAGGCCUUCUCACAUCUUCAGUUGAAGUACCAGAUGAUUUGGGAAGUAGGUCAGAUUUUUACAGUAGCUAUAAAACCCAGGCAGGUAGUAGCAAAACUGAAAAGCCAUAUAAAUCAGAAAGAUAUUUUUCCAGUAGAAGAAAUUCCUCAGAUUCCUUCUCGAGAAAUUCAGAGGACAAGAUGAAAGCAUCUAGUUAUCGAAGAUUUGAAAAGGACCCAGAGGGAAGAAAAGAUCACUCCAGGAGGUGGGAGCCAAGUUCUGUGAAGUACUCUGCUUCACCAGCAAGUUCAGACUACUCAUGGAAGUCACUUGAAAAACAAAAAAAAUACACGUCCUCUGGAUCACGGGAUGUCAGUAAACAAGAGCAAACCCAGUUAUUAAACACAGAUCAGGGAGAGCGUGCGCAUGACAAGGAGGACAGCUGUGGGGAAGAUAGCAAGACGCAGGCUCCAGAAGAGAUGUUCAGUAGCAAAGAGCAGCCAGAAAGCAGAGGGAAGAAAAAUUUGCCUCAGAAUUUACUCAAUAUAUUUAAUCAGAUAGCUGAAUUUGAGAAAGAAAAAGGAAAUAAGUCAAAAAAAUGAUCUGCUAAGGAAAUUGUCAUUGAUUUUUCAGAAGUUUGAGGAUUCUAGCCCUCACAAAUAGUUCUAAGUCUAAAUUUAUAUGUGGCAGAUCACAAAAGGCUGUUUUGUUUUAAUUAUCAGUCCCUUUGUCAGUCAAGUGUUGUGGGUUUAUGUGAUACAACUUCUGACAGUUCAGAUUUUUUUACCUAAACAUAUUUUCUGAGCACCUUGUGUCUUCACUGUGAUGUGGCUUGUGAGAACCCUUCCUUGGGUCCAUCUUAUUUCACUGUUAGAGAAAAAUAUGUUUUCAUUGAACAGUUGGAUUGUUUUUUGAAAAAUAUACUUUAUUCUGUUUUUUUUUUUUUUUAAAGCCCUUAGCCUUUGGGGGUGGGGUAGAAUUUAUGAUUGAAUGUUUCUUAGAUAUUUUCAAUCAUUUGUUUUCAGUAUUAAAAUUUUUAUACCAUUUCAUUUUUUAAGUGAUAAA